GUUUUUUCCUCGAGUAUAUGUGUUGUUGUGCUUGAGGAAUUAGAGGUGUAGAAAAUUCAUAAACAUGCAGUUGUGCUCUACACAUUCUUGAGUAUAUUACUCGAUCUAAUAUGCCUAAUCUCCAAGUAUUAAAUUCAUGUUCACUUUAAAUUCAGACGUGUUCUUGGAUGGGAACAUAUAAUGAUAAUCCGUAAUACAAAGAGAUCAAACAUUUACCUAGACUUGGACCCGGUUCGGGCCGCCCGGCCCGGGACCGGCCCGGCCCGCCACUGUGCGGGCCCGGAACCGGUCCGGUUCUCGGGUCCGGGUCCGGGUUGUUUGAUGAUCCCAGGCUCUAAGCUUGUGCAGAUCACCUGUUGGAAGAAGCUGGUCAAUGAACCAACAGAGGUUUUAAGUUUAUGGUCUUUUGUGUGUAUAAUAAACCGUAAAGAAUGGAGGAAAAAGAAAAGAGGGGAGUUUUUUUCGAGACACGCCGUCAUGCUUCAAGGCCUUACUGCUCCAAUUAUCCUCCGGCAAUCACAAAUCAGCAGAAAGAGGUAUUGCUCAUAUUAAGGAGAAAUGGAGCAACCACAAACCUUCAAAAAGAUCAAGGAAAUGUGCAUCCCUGUUUGUUUCUGCUGGGGGUGAUCUUGUGGCUGUAGCAACCAGGAACCUGAUAACAAUAUUGAGGAAGGAGGAUGACUACCAGGAACCUCGUGGAGUUUUUACCUGUGAAAAUAAUGUUGUAUUUAUGUUUGGGGCUUGGGCAGAAACUCAUGAUGUUCUUGGUGUUGUUGACGAUGGAAGCAUGCUAUAUCUAAUUAGAGCUAAUGGUGAAGAGAUAACGAGAUUCUCGAAGAGGCAUUUGAAAGUUUCUUCACAAAUAGUAGGUUUAGUUGUUCAAGAUGAUAUCAAUGUGAAGACAUCAUGCUUGUGUACAUUCAGUGUUUUCACUUCGGAUGGUUCAGUUCAUGAUGUUGAGAUCAGUCGAGAUCCUGAUGCUUCUGUUUUCUCUAGAGCUUCAUUAAUCAGUGACUCAAUAGAUAAGCAUCAAUUCCUUCAGCAUGUUGUCUGUCUGGAUUACCAUCCAAAACUGUCUUUGUUAGCUGUAGUAAAUCAUGCUGGCAGUACGCAAUCAGCGACUAAUGGAGUGUACAGUGUUUCUCUCUGGCAGAGAAACAAGCACUUAGAUCUCAAACUGGUGGUUUCUACUCAAUUUGAGGGCUCAAAUUUUAUUCCAAAAGGUAAUGCCAAUCAAAUGUCACUGCCAAAGGUGCACAUUUCAGUGCAAGGAAAAUUUGUUGCUGUUUUGGAUGUGGAAGGGCAUUUGGUUGUUCUAACGUUUGAUAAUAAACUUCAAUCUCUCACAUUUAAUACUGGAGAGGGGCACAAGUCAGAUCUAAUAAACAGUGGCCCAAGUUUGGCAAAUAUACACUUCAAUGAGAUAGUGGAUUUUGCCUGGUGGUCUGAUAAUAUUCUUACUUUAGCAGCAAGGAGUGGUACUAUCGCCAUGUUUGACAUGUAUGCUGGCAUCAAUGUAUUGGAGACUGAUAUUAAAUAUUCGCUGCCACUUCUGGAAAGACCACAAAAUCUCCCCGGAAACCUUUUCCUUUUAGAAAGCAAGUCACUUGAUGGGAGCUACACAUCGUCAGAAGAAAAGGGUGCAAGAGAUGUGCACCUUAUCGAGUGGGAUGCUGUUUAUGCGAAUAACGAGUUUGAUUGGACCAAACUGGAGUGGAGCUUGGUCUCAUUAUCUGAACGAUCAGUUCUAGAAAUGUAUAACAUACUAAUUUCUCAGCAUGAAUAUCAGGCUGCUCUCGUUUUUGCAGAGCAUCAUUCUCUGGAUAAAGAUGAAGCUCUGAAGUCACAGUGGCUCCAUUCUUCCCAUGGAAAAAAUGAAAUAAAUACUUUGCUGGCAACUAUCAAAGAUAAAGUUUUUGUGCUCUCUGAAUGUGUUGAUCGGUUUGGACCAACAGAAGAUGCAGUGAGGGCUUUGCUUGAUCAUGGUUUCCGCCUGACAGACUCUUAUAGGUUUUCCAAGUCUGAGGGCAUUGAGAAGGAUGAAAUAUGGGAUUUCCGUCUGACAAGGCUGAGAUUGUUACACCUGAAAGACAGGCUCGAGACAUUUCUUGGCAUAAACAUGGGCAGGCAUGGCGGUGUUCCUUUUGAUCUGAUUCUAAUGAAUUCAUGUUUUGGCAUGGCGGUGAUCCUUGCGAUCCCAUUCAUGAAGAAGAGACUUCACUCUAUGAAUGUAAUUCCUGGCGGUCAGAUGGCUGAAAGAGAUUGCUUCACAGAAUAAAUUGGAGGUGUGCUUAAUUGUAAUUGAAGAGGGAUGCAAGGAUGUUCAUCAUAAUUGUUUUUUCAUAGAUGAAGCUGAAGUUGUAGACUGUGCUCUGCAAUGCAUAUACCGGUGCUCCGUUACAGAUAGAUGGAGUACUAUGGCUUCCAUCUUGUCAAAACUUCCAAACAUAGGAGUAGAAAACUUCUUAUAUACGGAGUAUUUUUUUAAUACGGUUGAAGAGAAGCCAUUACCUAUUCGUCAUCUCCCAUGCUCGGACCAAAAAAAAGAAAGAAAAACGGUGUGGGAUCAUGUUGACAAAGAUGUGGAUAGUGGCGGAGGCGACAAAUUAGAUAGUCGGAGGCAGCAACAUGGAGGAGUCGUGAGGAGAGAAAGGGUGCUUUCUUAUUAAAACUUGUGAUUGGGAACAAGUUUAUAGCAUAAUGAUUAUUUUUCAUCUUUGAUCGAGAGUUUUGUUAUCUCAGGUGAGUGUUUAUAAUGUUCUUCUAACAAUGCUUAGAUGUUGUGUGUUCUCGCGUAACUGAUGGAGUGAUGAUUUUUCAUAGUUCGUGGUUGGUAAGUCUAUUUCAAUCUCAUUACUUGUCCUUGUCCUGAAUCAUCGCCUCACUACAGGAGAAAGUUAGCACUCAAUUGGUUCUCCCUUUUGGGUGACCGAUCAAACCGAAAUUUUAGCUCAUUUCUAUGCGGCUAAGUUUCCUUUGUUGGUUUCUAGUCAAGUUAAUUAUCCUUUUUCCCCUUUCAGUGGCAGGUGUAGCCGGAAUUCUUAAUUUUUUUUGUCCUAGUUUGCUUUUGAGUAAGACUACAUUGUAGAGUCUUUAGGACCGGCUCAGACCUCAAUCACCAAACCACAAAGGUUGCUCGUCAUUCAACCACCAGAGGGCUUCUAAAGGGAAAAGGGGAGGGUAACAACCACAACACUCAACCUCACUCUGAUGAACCCACCGGAGAAACCCCCAAACCCACUGGACAAGAGUGAAGCACCCGAAGGUAUUCCCAGGAGACCGUCGGAGGGUGGCCGAAGCACAGCCCUUGACAAUUCCUCUCUCUCUCUCACUCUAGAACCAGGGCAACACUCUAUCCGACUCAUAUGAACAAGGAAGAAGAGAGUGGCUGAAAUAGGAGAGUCUUGAAGGAACGGGACAAAUAUACCAAGGGCCACAUGAGUCACGGGCUGGACAAGACAAACAAAAGGGGAGUGGGCUGAUCAGGGUAAACAACAAGGAGCAAGUGGGCUGGUCAGGGCGGACAACCCAACAUGGGCCAGAGAUAUUAAAUGUGAAUGGGGCCAAUACCAACUCACAUUCUCCACCUUAUUGGCCCCUGGUGGUGUUGAGCAUAAUGUGAAAGGGAGUAUCAUCAUCGCCGGUGUCUUGUGUAUCUGUUCUUAUCUAGACACAAUCAAUGUUAAGUGAUCGUUUACAAGAUAACAGCUUUUCAAAGGAAAGACAUUUAGUUCCCAUAUCAGCUGGGUUAAAUUCAGAGGCAAUCUUGCACGGCUUCACUUCUCCUUUGUCAACAAUAUCCCUGAUAAAAUGGAAUCUGACAUCAAUGUGUUUGGUAUGAUCAUGAAACACAGGAUUUUUGCACAACUGAAUAGCUGACUGGCUAUCAGAGUAUACUGUCACAACCUGUCUAAGAAAACCAAUUUCAGUUACGUUUCAACCAAAUGGCCUCCUUAAAGGCUUCAGUGGCUGCAACGUAUUCAGAUUCAGUAGUUGAAAGAGCUACAACAGGUUGCAGUUGAGAUUUCCAGCUUAUGCAGGAUCCACAAAGUGUAAAAAUAUAGGAGGUGGACAAACAGCUACCGAGACAUUGAAUGUUGUGUACAAAGAAGUAUUCAACAACGUCUGAUAGAAUUGCAUCAAAUACAGUUAUACAAUUACACAAUGUAAUAGCAUCGAUGAUUGCAUGUGGUUGUUUUCAUACUUUUACGUGAUGUUUAAUACUCUCUUUGCAAUCAUAAUAUCAAAUGUCUCCUAUCAUUUUG